UCUCUUCGUUUAUAAUUUCUGUUUACGAGGAACAGUGUUCUUCGGGACUGCUUUAUAAUGCAAUUCAGUCAAAGUUGUGAAAAUAAACUAUUUUCUUAGUGCCGCGCUUCGUACGGCCGUUUCGGUUUCGGGCGAUCACGUGACCAGUGACUGUCUUUCCGUCGUUCUGGGCAGAAGCACAUCUCCAGCUGGCCACCCUGACGCUGGUUUCGCGCGAAAAUUGCGGUGCAUCGCCCUCGAUGGCCGGCAUGUUAACCGAGAAAUUCCACAAGCUGGAAAAAAUCGGCGAAGGCACGUACGGCGUCGUGUACAAGGCCAAAGAGAAGGGGAGCGGGCGCCCCAUCGCGCUCAAGAAGUUCCGGCUCGAGAGCGAGUCCGAAGGGGUGCCGAGCACAGCUAUCCGGGAGAUUGCCCUGCUCAAGGAGCUCCAGCACCCGAAUGUUGUGCGGCUUCUGGACGUUGUGCCGUGCGAGAAGAAGCUCUACUUGGUCUUCGAGUACAUGACCGAUGACCUCAAGAAGCACAUGGACAAGGCGGCCCACGGCAAGGCCCUCCUGGGGCCCAAACUGGUCAAGAGCUACUUAUGGCAGCUGCUGCAGGGCAUCGCGUACUGCCACGCUCACCGCAUCCUGCACCGGGACCUGAAGCCGCAGAACCUGCUCAUUGACCCGAAUGGGAACAUAAAGCUGGCCGACUUCGGGCUGGCCAGGGCGUUCGGACUCCCGCUGCGCACGUACACACACGAAGUGGUCACGCUCUGGUACAGGGCCCCCGAAAUUCUGCUGGGCGCCAAGUUCUACUCCACGCCCGUGGACGUCUGGAGCAUCGGCUGCAUCUUCGCCGAGAUGCACACUCUCAAGGCGCUCUUUCCGGGCGACUCGGAGAUCGACCAGCUGUUCCGCAUCUUUCGGACCCUGGGCACGCCCGACGAGGACUCCUGGCCUGGGGUCACCCAGCUGCCGGACUACAAGCCCAGCUUCCCGCGCUGGGAGCCCCAGAGCCUGACCAAGCUGGUCCCGGGGCUGGACCCCGACGGCGAAGACCUCAUCCUGAAGCUGCUCAUCGCCGACCCUGAGGCUCGGAUACCGGCCAUCCAGGCGCUCAAGCACAGAUACUUCAGAGACGUGUCCAUGCAGAGACCUGCCCAGUGAACGAGCCCAUCUUGCCAAUUUACUAAGUUAUCGUGGACAAGACAACCUAUUCCCCAUGCACAGCCAAAGUGCCUCCUGCAACAGAUAUCCGAAUAGUACAAAGCUGCAACGGCUCGUGUCUCCUGGCAUCCGCCGUUGUGGACGAGCUCUUCCAAGCUAUUUGGUUUAUGUUUAUGUGCGCGAUGCGCUCGAACCGAUUCCCGCGACGACAGCGGGGAACUCGCUCUUUUUUGUCAGCCGUUUGUUGAACACGCGCUGCGCGAGCUCUGACAGAUCCAGUGACAGCCUUUUCGCGGUAAGUUAUUUUUUGAGUAAUUGCCACCCGGUCGUGUCGCCAGCAGCCCAUCUGUAGCAAUCUGUAGUCCUCGUUCAUUCUCCUUACUCGCGGCGGACGGCAGCUCCGAAGGGGCUACAGUUGGCUCCAACGACGUUGAGAGUUUCAUCCGGGGCGGCUGCUCAUUGUCCACAGUGCCGACAUCGGGAGCUGAGGCGGUUACCGAACCCUGUCGCCGCUGCUUCUGCUUCUGCUUCUGCAGUCUCCAAUUAAAGUUGUCAGUCGAGUUUGGAAAUUUU